AUUCAUCUUUCAACAUUUUAGUGACACAAUGUCGAAGAUGAUGCUGUUGAAAUUUUGUUGCAUGUUUUUCUGUAUGUCAGUUGCUGCACGUAGUCCCGUGCAACAAAUUGAAUAUCUGAACGCUACGUUUCCUUGUGGAAAAUUGAGUGCUGAGCAGAAGUGCAGAAUCCCGUUUGAAUACUGUGACGUCAUCUUGGAAUCUUGUCUGGCAUGUAACGAGGACAUCUGCAAAGAAGAAUCCCAGCAGAGCUGCAACAUAUUUUGUUCCGAUUUCAAAACAGAAGAAAAUGGAAAACACGCGGAAACGGAAUCUCACAAACAUGUAUCUUUAAAUCAAACGUCCUUAUACGGCCCGUGAUUGCACAACCAACAGACGAUAAUAAUAGUAACCUAUGAGACUGGAGCACAUUGUGGUGAUCUUAAAAUACUCUUGAAAUACUUCCUCGAGAAUGAUCCAUACUUCUAGAAAAAUCCUUCUUGCAUCCAAAUGCUACCGAAACAUGGCUGACAUAUUGCCGACUCGGCGUUAAACAAUCAAUCAAUAAGUAACCUACGUGAAGACAAGAGUCUUUAAAAACGCGAGAGAAUCUCUUGGAAAACCAUAUCUCUUUCGCUUCCUUCUGAAAGAAUUCAAAUAUCAUUUUAAUGUUAUCUUUAUAUCGUUUUAUCAUAACGACAUACUUUUACUACUAUGAGAUGAUUUUCCUUUCUUUCAGUAACAAAUUGUUACAAUUAAUUCAUAAAAAGUGAUUUA